AUGGCAGAGCCCCGUGAUGAGACAACCAGUUUCACUCAAGGGCUUGCAAUUGGACGUAUGGUUCGCGCAACCCUAGUGCUGUCGGGCGCAAACCCAGCGCAAUCAACUAAAGAUUCAUCUGAUGGAAACAUGUCUGCCCUGAUAGAGCCCUCACAAGUACCCAGAAAACAUUUGGCCGCGCUGUUGAUGAGUCGCUUUGUCGACGUGGUGGCUGUCCAGUUCAUGCAUCUGAGUCCACUGGAGCUCUGGGGUGACUUUGACUUGUUCUUCAGGGCCCCAGAAAACCCAUCACAACACCUGUCGGAGUGUCAACCAGCCAAGGCUUUCAAUGUAUACAUAGCUAUGGCUAUCGGAUCAUUGCUUUUGCCAGAACAAAGAUCAUUUCAAGGGCUUGCAAGCAACCUCCAUGAUGCAGCCAUGAAGCUUUUCCCUCGAAUGAUGAGCUCUGGGACCAAGCUAGAUAUGCUGCAUUGCAUGAUAUUGUUGACUUUGUAUUCUUUGUAUAGUGCACGGGGUGGGUCGGCCUGGCACCAUAUUGGACUAGCUAUGAAGAAAGCAAUUGCUUUCAGAUUUCACAAAGAUCCGGAUGCAACAAUCCAAAUUAGUCCUGAAAUUUUGCGGAAAAGACGCAAUGUUUUUUGGAGCCUCUACGUCCUUGAUCGUAACAUCUCCUAUUGGAAGGAUUCCGUGGCCGGAAGUGACCCGAGCGCACAAUUCCCCGGCACUUGCUUUAUGCAGCUCUCGUGCCGAGCAUUUGUUGAAAUCUUUAGAUCCAAAGGAUCAGCAACAACCGAAUACAACCUAGUUCACAGCUCCGGUGCGAUUAAAAAUGAAAUUCUAAAGAACUCUACAGAGUAUAUCCAGGAAGAGUAUAAUCGCUCUGACCGGGGUGAGUUUGUGGGGGGGUUCGUGGACGCCUAUGAUAUCUUUGCCGCCGGCGUUGUUGUUAUUUGCCUCAGUGGAGAAGUCUCACCACCAUCACGAGAUAACAGCAUUAUCAAUAAAUGCACCGCUUUGCUCACACUGCUUGGCGAAAAGUUCUCCGGCCUCCGGGUUUUUCGCCGGGUACUUUGGGCUCUCUCCGAUUAUGCUUUGGGAAACCCAGUAACCGACACGAUUAUCCAGGAAAUUCCAUCAAUUAUCCCAAAUGGGAUCAAAAUGGUAAUAUUAAGGUUUAUUGCAACAGGUCCUGUAAUCUCGACUUGA